AUGCAAAACGUGACUGAGCCUCCAGAUGAUGCCAGGUCCAGCAGAACUGUGUCCAUCAUGGUGAAGAUAUGUGUGGUCAUCCCAUUCUUCUGCCUUUUCCUCUGCUUCAUCCUGCUCGUUCUGCACGGGGAGAUGUACACUUCAGUGAUGAGCAUAAAGCAGUCUAGUUUAUCAGAAAUACAACUUAUUCAUUAUCUAAGGACAUACAUUGAUCACGAAACUCGACGACUUGAGGACGUUAAGCGGUUUUACGUAAAGGUUUCUGAAUUUCAUGACAAGAUAUACAGUGAACUAGCAUAUUCUAUGGCGAACCCUCUGGUGGCGUUCUCACUCAUCAAGAGGCUACAGUCUGAAUGGCUGAAUGUAGUUUACAGCAGCCAAGCCAAAGAAAACCUUGAAGCCCUCAGGACUAACUUUGAGAGCCUGGAAAGCAGUUUACCCAGACUAGAGGACCUCCAGGGGGCAGCACAGGGCCUCAUGAGGCUCCAGGAUGUCUAUGCGCUUCAUGUGGAGGCACUGGUGAAAGGUCACUUCCAGAGGAACACCAAUGGCAACACAGUGGAGAUCUACAAACCAUCUGUGACCAUCCCUCUUUCUGGGGAUGACUGCUUCCUUGUUGGAAAGGUGGCCUACGAGGCAGAGGACUACUACCACGCCGUGCAGUGGCUGGAAGAAGCAGUGAGCCUGUUUGGCGGCAGCAACUGGAGCCUCGAGCACGAUGGCAGUUUGGAAGAAGCACUGGAUCAUUUAGCCUUCUCUUAUUAUAAGACAGGAAACAUCUCCUCUGCUCUCAGCCUCUCGUUGGAAUUACUGCAUCAUGAUCCCUCAAACAAAAGGGUUCUGCUUAAUUUGGAGAAGUAUAAGAAACUUCUGACUGAAAAUCCACCCAUUGUAACUUCAGGGUCAUUGCUAAAGAGACCCAACACCACCUACCUGAGAACGAGGGACACCUAUGAACGACUGUGUCAAACACACAGGUCUCAGCUGUAUGAAGACCCCCAGCUGUUCUGCGAUUACUUCACCAACGACAGCCCGGGUCUAUAUCUGCAGCCCAUCAGGAGGGAGGUGCUCAGCGUACUGCCGUAUGUCGUUCUGUUUCACAAUUUCGUCAUGGGAACUGAAGCCCAGAGUAUCAGGGACUCAGCAGUGCCUGGGCUAAGGAGGUCAGUAGCGGCAUCAGGGGUGAACCAGACCAGUGCUGACUAUCGCAUCAGUAAGAGUGCCUGGUUAAAGGACUCAACACACCCCGUGGUUGGCAAGGUAAACCGGCGCAUCACUUUGCUAACUGGCCUGAACGUACAGCAUCCCUACGGCGAACAUUUGCAAGUAGUGAACUACGGCAUCGGAGGGCACUAUGAACCGCAUUACGACCAUGCCACUUCAAAAUCCAGCCCAUUGUACACACUCAACUCUGGAAAUCGAAUGGCCACAUUUAUGAUAUACCUCAGCUCUGUGGAGGCCGGGGGAUCUACAGCCUUCAUCCAUGCCAACCUCAGCGUUCCAGCAGUGGAGAACAGUGCACUCUUCUGGUGGAACCUUCACAGAAAUGGCCAAGGAGAUGGAGACACACUGCACGCAGGCUGUCCAGUUCUUCUGGGUGAUAAAUGGGUGGCUAAUAAGUGGGUGCAUGAGUACGGGCAAGAGUUUCAGCGGCGCUGCAGUCGGGACCCUGAUGAGUGA